AUGUCGCUGCCGCGUCGCCCGCUGGGUCGCACGGGUCUGGACCUCUCGAUCGUGAGUUUCGGUGCGUCGCCGUUGGGGAGCGUAUUCGAGGAGAUCGACGAGGAGGAGGGCGUGCGGGCCGUGCACGAGGCCGUUAAACUCGGAAUUAACCUCUUUGACGUCUCGCCGUUCUAUGGGUCAACAAGAGCUGAAACGGUGCUGGGUCGAGCGAUAGCCACUUUGCCGUGCUCGCGGGAGGAUGUGAUAAUCGCAACUAAAGUGGGCCGGUACGGGCAGGACGAAUUCGACUUCAGUGCGGAUCGGAUCAGAAAGAGCGUGGAGGAGAGCUGUGCGCGGCUGCAGACAACGUAUUUGGAUAUUGUUCAGUGCCAUGACAUUGAGUUUGGGAGUCUGGAUCAGAUCGUGAAUGAGACAAUCCCGGCCCUCCAGGAGCUGAAAGCGGCCGGCAAGAUUCGAUUCAUCGGCAUCACGGGCCUCCCUCUCUCCGUCUACCAAUCCGUUCUCCCCCGCCUCCCUCCCGCCUCGCUCGAUCUCAUCCUCUCCUACUGCCACUACUCACUCAACGACACGACGCUCGAGCCGCUGCUGCCGUGGCUGCAGCAGCAGGGCGUGGGGGUCAUCAGCGCGUCUCCUCUCUCUAUGGGCCUGCUCACCCCCCAGGGACCCCCCUCCUGGCACCCCGCACCACAACCCCUCAAGGAUGCAUGCAAGGCGGCAGCACUGGCCUGUCAGCAGCGGGGAGCAUCGCUGCCCCGGCUGGCCCUGCAGUUCGCAACGCUCAACCCAGCCAUCACGACGACGCUUGUGGGCAUGAGCACAGUGCAGCAGUUUGCAACGCUCAACCCAGCCAUCAUCACGACCCUUGUGGGCAUGAGCACAGUGCAGCAGGUAAGGAGAGAAAGAGCAGCAGGUGAGGAGAGGGGCGUUUCUAAGGUGGCUGUAAGAGGUGUGGUGUUAUGUGCAGCAGCAGCGGCACUGAUCGAACCGGCUGGUCCUUCAGUUUGCAACUCUCAACCCAGCCAUCACGACGACGCUUGUGGGCAUGAGCACAGUGCAGCAGGUGAGGGGGGAGAAGCACAGUCCACUUUUGAGGCGCCUCAAAAGCAUGGUGCAGCAGAGCACGUGAAGGAAGUGAAGUGUCUGAAUGUUCCUGUGUGGUUCGCAGAGGUGCUGAGCAGCAGUGGGGAGGCAGUGCCCUCGAGGUGGAUGCAGGUGCGGGAGAAUGUUGCAGCAGUGAUCGAAGCAGCAGAGCGAGGCAUUGAUGAGGCGAUGCUGAAAGAAGUGGAGGGUAUUCUCGCGCCUCAUAAGGACACCACAUGGGCCAGUGGUCGAACCGAGAACAACUCAGCAUAG